UUUUCUGAUCGAGAGACCUUGACAGUUGAAAAUAAAAAUGGUUAGCGGCCUGACGACUAGUGCUGUACGCUUUGGUCGUCAGAAGUUGCCAGCCGCAGUGAGUACAGCUUACCUCCAGAAACGAAAUGCCGGUAGUGAUUUGGCAGCAUGUAAGAGAGGACGAGGUGGGAGGUCCUCUUUCAGUGGAGUGGUGGCCACUGUGUUUGGAGCCUCAGGAUUUAUGGGAAGACAUAUUGUAAACAGAUUAGGUAAAAUUGGUUCUCAAGUGAUUAUCCCAUACAGAGGAGACACCUACAGAAUUGCUAGAAUGAAGUUGGCUGGAGAUCUUGGACAAAUCCUGUUUACACCCUUUGACAGUAUUUACCAUGAAGAUCAGCUAAGAAAAGCAAUGAUGCACUCCAACCUUGUCAUAAACCUAAUUGGAAAAGAGUUUGAGACCAAGGCAUAUGAUUAUCAUGAUCUGUUUGUUGAUGCUCCUACCCAGAUUGCUAAGAUUGCCAAGGAAAUGGGUGUAGAAAGAUUAAUCCAUUUUUCACAUCUUAAUGCAGACCCCCAUCGCAAUGAUCUGAUCUAUUUUGGGGAAAAUAUUCAAAAGGGAAACUCUAUGUUACAGAAAAAGUGGGAAGGUGAUCAGGCAGUUAGGGAAAUUUUUCCAGAGGCCACUAUUUUCAGACCAGCAGAUAUUUAUGGAAUCCGAGAUAGAUAUUUCUGGAAAUAUGUUCACAAGACACGGUAUGGUUACCUGAGCUACAAGAUCCCAAUCUGGAGAGAGGGACAUGACACUGUAAAACAACCCGUGUUUGCUGGUGAUGUUGCUACUGGAGUGACUAAUGCCAUUUUUGACUCUGAUGCUCCAGGAAGCACCUAUUACUGUGUAGGACCUGAGAGGUAUACCUUAAACAACCUUGUUAAUCACAUCACCAGACUAUGUCACAGAGAUUACUGGGAGAUUACAGACAUUGAUGUUGCAUUCAUUCGAAAGUUAGAGAGACAGAGAGACAACAGAAUAUUUAAUUUUGAUUCCUUACAAAGAGAAGCUCUUUCCGAUUUCAUUGUGGACAAGGAUGUUGCCAAGACUUUGGAAGAUUUGGAUGUUAAACCUCGUAGUCUACAGGACAUGGCCUCCAUUGUAACAAAUUCUUAUGUCAACUUCAAAAUCUUAGACCAGGAGUACCUUCAGAAACAGAUACAGGUUCCUAAACUAGUGCCCGUGGACGAUUAAAAUGGACUUACUGAGGAGAAAAUUGUUAAACACUAGCUGAAAUUUUAUGAUUGCUUUUGAAUUAAAGAGUAUUAAAUACAUGUA